CAUUUUUGACGUUUCUUUCUGGGCAAAACAAAAAGAAUAAAUACUCCGAAUCGUUUCUAGGAUUGUUGCUCAAAACCGAAAACGGCUAGUUAAACUCAAGUCUCCGCAAUUCUGUUUACCGAAAAUAAGCAAUUCACUUCGUAAAAUGUCGUCGAAUUAUGAAGAUAAAAAAAAGUUGUUGUUCGAGUGUUUAACAUCAGCUGAGCAAUGCAUCCAAGGUACAAGUCUGGAUCAAAAGCAAUCACCUCGAGACGAACCAUCUUCACGGGAUCAUCCAAAAGCAGUCAUAAAGGGACGACGUUUCCAUGGUAAAGAAAGUAUAUUCAAGCGACCCGAAGCACCGAUUGGUAAAUGCUUACGACCUCGACGAGUUCCAGAUUAUCAGAUGAAUCCCCACAAAUGGAAAAAAUACUCAUUAGACGAUGCUGAUAUCUCGGACCGAACAAAUACAUCGGCUGCAUUCGCAUUUCUGGCCGAAAUUGAAAAACGAAAAGAUGCUGAAGAAGAGAAACACGCUGGUGAAAAUCAAAUGGACGUUGACGACAGUUCAUGUGGUAGAAUUGUAUUCAAAAAACAACAGAACAAUUCGAAGGAGCAUCGAAAGCCAUCGUUCAGUCAGUCAGUGCCACUGCGGGGAGAAAUCGAACGAAGAGAUCGAAUUGAAGAGACGGGUGAAAAGGCCAUGUUGAAAGGUUCCAAAGUUGUGAUGCCUGAGUAUGUGAUCGGUCAAAAAGUGCAGAAAACAAACAAACGAAAAUUAAAUGCAGAAUCAACAGACAGCGCCAAAAAGACAGAUGGAAAGAAUCGCCCCACUUUACAACAUUUAUUCGAUCAGGAAGAAGAAGACGAUGACUAAAAUUAAAAGGAAGCUAAUUCAUUUGUUCAAUGAUAUGAAGUCUCUAUUUCUUUUAGUAUAAGUUCCAAUUUUUCUCUUUAGGCUCUAAAGCCUAAAACACAUAUAAAUGCAAAUAAAAUGAUAGAACAAGGAAAUUCUUCCAUUGGGAAAACAUA